GUUCCUUCAAUUAUGAGUAACAUGCUGAAUCCGGAUGCUAUUUUUUCAAACAAUGAAAUGAGCCUGUCAGACAUUGAAAUUUAUGGUUUUGAUUACGACUACACACUGGUCUUUUAUUCUAAACAUCUGCACACGCUGAUCUUCAAUGCUGCUCGAGAUCUUCUUAUUAAUGAGCAUCGGUAUCCUGCAGAAAUAAGAAAAUACGAUUAUGAUCCCAAUUUUGCAAUCAGAGGACUUCAUUAUGAUGUGCACCGGGCAUUAUUAAUGAAGAUUGAUGCUUUUCAUUAUAUUCAGCUGGGAACAGUUUACAGAGGCCUCAGUGUUGUCCCAGAUGAAGAAGUUAUUGCAAUGUAUGAUGGUUCCCAUGUCCCUUUAGAACAAAUGAGUGACUUUUAUGGAAAGAGCUCACACGGAAAUACAAUGAAGCAAUUCAUGGAUAUAUUUUCCUUGCCAGAAAUGACACUUCUUUCUUGUGUGAAUGAAUAUUUUCUGAAAAACAACAUAGACUAUGAGCCUGUUCAUCUGUACAAAGAUGUCAAGGAUUCAAUCAGGGAUGUCCACAUCAAAGGAAUAAUGUACAGAGCAAUUGAAGCAGAUAUUGAGAAAUACAUCUGCUAUGCUGAACAAACUCGUGCGGUGUUAGCAAAGCUGGCUGAUCAUGGCAAGAAGAUGUUUCUCAUCACAAACAGUCCCAGCAGCUUCGUGGACAAAGGCAUGAAAUUCAUAGUUGGCAAGGACUGGAGGGAUCUCUUUGAUGUGGUCAUUGUACAGGCUGAUAAGCCAAACUUUUUCAAUGAUAAGCGAAGACCGUUUCGGAAGGUGAAUGAAAGGGGAGUGUUGCUUUGGGACAAAAUUCACAAGCUGCAGAAAGGUCAGAUUUACAAACAGGGUAACUUGUACGAAUUUCUGAAGCUGACUGGCUGGAGGGGCUCUAAGGUUCUCUACUUUGGCGAUCACAUUUACAGUGACUUGGCUGAUUUGACCCUGAAGCAUGGCUGGCGCACUGGUGCAAUUAUUCCAGAGUUACGAUCAGAGAUUAAAAUCAUGAACACAGAGAAGUACAUUCAAACCAUGACCUGGCUGCAAACCUUGACAGGAUUACUGGAACACAUGCAGGUUCACCGUGAUCCUGAUUCACAAAUGAUUUUAGAAGAAUGGAAGAAGGAGAGAAAGGAAAUGAGGGAGAUGAACAGGAAUUUCUUCAAUGCGCAGUUUGGAAGCUUAUUCAGAACUGAUGAGAAUCCAACUUAUUUCCUAAGACGUCUGUCUAGAUUUGCAGAUAUCUACAUGGCAUCAUUGAGUUGUCUCUUGAACUAUGAGCCUGAUUACACGUUUUAUCCAAGAAGGACUCCUUUGCAGCAUGAACUUCCUGGCUGGUCAGGCCAGCUGUGCACUGGUACAUUCAGAAUACCUUUCCUACAAGAUGCAGUUCAGAUCAAAUAA